UCGGGGGUCUCGCCGUUCUGAGGUCGAAGCCGGUUCGAGGGAGCUAUGAAUUUUGAAUUUGAGAGGGAGAUCGGUUUUAUCAACAGCCAGCCGUCCCUAGCAGAGUGCCUGACGUCCUUCCCAGCCGUCCUGGAGUCAUUUCAAACUUCAUCAAUCAAGGAGUCGACAGUAAUUCCGCCUCCCUUCGAGCACACCAUCCCCAGCCUCAGCCCCUGCACAGCCAGCCAUCCGAGACCGGCUGCUAGGAGCCAGCAGAACCGGAGGACCUCCGUCGCCAAUGGCCUCCAGACGAACCACCGGGGCGCCCAGCAGCCCUUCCCGCCCGGCCAGACCCCUGCCCUGGCCGUGGCCGCCCCGGCCGGCCCGCUGGCCCACGAGUUCCCCUGGAUGAAGGAGAAGAAGUCCUCAAAGAAGUGCCCGAAGCCUGGGAGCGGCUCCAGCGGCGGCGGAUCCAUCAUCCCCCUUGGCUCGUCCUCCCCGUCGCCGACCGCCUCCGGGUACGCUUCGGCGGGCAUCGAGUCACCCACAGACUCGAGCCAGGCGAGUCUGGAUGGUGGAGGAGCCGGGUCCCGCCGGCUGCGCACCGCCUACACCAACACGCAGCUGCUGGAGCUGGAGAAGGAGUUCCACUUCAACAAGUACCUGUGCCGGCCUAGGAGGGUGGAGAUCGCCGCCCUCCUGGAUCUGACCGAGCGGCAGGUCAAAGUCUGGUUCCAGAACCGGCGGAUGAAACACAAGCGCCAAACGACGCACCACCGGGACGGCGGAGGCCACGAAUCCGGCGAGUUCGAGCCGCUCGAAGGCGCCGACGCCUCGUCUCCGUACUCGAGCCAGCCGCUGGAAGCAUCUGGCACUGGGGAGGCUGAGUCGGACAGCGAGGCGGGGAGCUGCAAUCCAUCUUCGGCCGCCUACGCUAAUGACAGCGGGGACAAUGCACAACCCACGCCGGAGAAAGGAGGCCGACCGAGCCGCCCCGAACGCCCACCGUUGCCGGGAGCAUCUGGCUCCUCCGACGCUUCCGCGGCUCGCCACUCUCCGCCAACGUUCACCGCGGAUAUCCCGGGCCUGAUGCAGCUCGGCGAGGCCGGGCUCGCAGAGGCAGCGUCCGACCCGUCGUUCUCCGAGCAGCGGGACUCCUCCGUCUCCUCGACCUCGUCCUCUGCUGCCGCCGCCGCCGCCGCCUCGACAUCGCUCCCCGACCUGGCCUUCUUUUCCGGGGACGCCUGCCUGUCGCCAAGCCUGCAGAGCUCCCUGGAUAGCCCGGUGGAUUUCUCCGAGGAGGACUUCGACCUGUUCACGAGCACACUGUGCACCAUAGACCUGCAGCACCUGAACUUCUGAGAAACAUAAAACUACAAAGAACUAAGGAGCGGACGGAGAGCGUGGACGAGCAAUCGAGCGGAGGAGACGGCACUGCAAGCUUCUCGGCAACAUUCCUGAAACAUUUCUGAACUAAAAUGAUGUUCCUUUUUUAAAUCUAUUUUUUCGUCUUCUUCCUGGUUUUAUUUUACGACUGUAGCCUACCUAGUUUAAGAGAGUUGCAGUUCAUUUUAUUUCAUUUUCUUUUUACAUUUUAAACAUCGAAGGGAUUUUUAUUUUUUAUUUUUGCUUUUCCACGAUCGAAACUUUGUGGAUUUUUCUCUCUCCCCUUGUUCAGGUAUUUAUUGCCUUUCUUGUUUUUUGUUUUGUACUGAUUUACCUCAUCAGUAUGUGUGGAUUUAUUUCAUCUCUUACAUUCUGGUGCAGCUUCAUGGAUCCUUAAUAACUUCUCAGGAACUGUUCACGGAGUCUAAAGGUGCAGAUAGCUGGACUGCUUUCUAGAAACUAUCCCAACUGAAGAAUGAAUUCUUUCUCUCUCUCUGAACGAGACAAGACCAGAGAGAGAAGUCCUGCUGAUGACCCGAGUUUUAGACCCUAGUUUAUUUAUUGAAAUUCUUUAAUAGUGAAAAUCCAAAUUAUUUAUUGUACAUAUAUUUUCAUAGUGGAAUAAUAAUAAAAAAAAACCCACAAACAUUUAAGAUGUGGCCCAUGUCGUUUUGUUUUAUGAAUUCCAGAGGUGCUGAAUGGCCUUUAUAAUAAUGAUGUGGAUACAUGCAGCAUUCAAAAUAAGAAUUCAGUGCAAUUUGUAUUACACCAAGUAUAAUACAAAGUGAACAUUUAGCAGCAUAUUUGACCAUUCAUUGUUUUCUUCUUUAUUAUUUUGUUGCUGUUAUACGAGUGUAAUAUUUUUUAUCUGCUAUUUUAUAUAGUAUAAAUAAUUCCCAUGCUAUAUUUAUACAUUGCAAUUCAUUAUAAGCCUAUAAUUCCCUUUUUAUAAAUCUUUUAUAAUUAUUAAGGUUCAGGUUGUCAUUUUACUAAACAAUGUGUAAUUUUGAUCAUAUUUUAAUCUUCUAAUAUGCAUUUUAAUUUUAACUCAUAAUGUGGACUGAAUGCAGAUUAUUUUUAAGU